AUGAAUCUCCUUUUUUCUCUUGUACUUUUUACUUCAUUGGGCUACAAUGUUCUCGCUGCCCCAUUUCAACAUCGAUCUACUGCGGCUGGUCACAAGAAGAGAUCGUUCCGGGUUGAAAGAAUCAAGCAUAACGACUAUGUCCGCAAUUCACCCGGUGCUUUAAGUAAAGCAUACAACAAAUUCGGUAUUACAGCUUAUCCCAUGGAAGGCGGAGAUCAGCACGAUUUCGAGCCAUUCUUCACUGCGAGCAGUAAGAGCACCUUGGUAAUCAGCGAUUGUGCCUCUCCUGCCAGUCCGAGCACCACUGCAGAUACGGCUGAGGAGGGAACUGUUAGUGCGACGUCAGUGAAGGGAGGUUCGGAGUAUGUAUCGCCCGUCCUCAUCGGGGGCCAGAAUAUCACCAUGGACUUCGAUACUGGAUCAGCAGAUAUGUGGGUGAUGAAUACCGAACUCCCAUCCUCUAUGACAGAGGGUCACACCCUCUACAAUGCCUCAGAAUCCAGCACCUACAAAAAUGUGACUGGUGAAUUCAAGAUUGCAUACGGAGACUUAUCAUACGCAUCUGGCUCUCUAGCCAAAGACACAGUCAGCAUCGGUGGCGCAGAAGUUAAGAAUCAAGUCUUCGGUCUCCCAACCAAAGUAUCCAGUUCAUUCAUUUCGGACACGUAUUCCAACGGCAUGGUCGGACUCAGCUUUUCCUCUAUCAACAGCUUCGAUCCAGGGCCCCAAAAGACCUUUUUCGACAAUAUUGCCCCAGACCUCGAACUACCGGUCUUCACCUCUCUCCUGCGCAGUGAAGGCGGCUUAUACGAAUUUGGCACCAUCGACCACAGUCUAUAUACAGGCAAGAUGAGAAACAUCAGCGUCGACUCUUCAAACGGAUUCUGGCAGUUCAACACGACAGGAUAUGGCGUGAACUCUAAUGGAAGCACCACGGUCGGAAGUAACAGCACUGCUAUAUGUGAUACUGGCACCACAUUGAUGCUGGUUACUCCAGAUAUCGUCUCACUUUUUUAUUCGGCAGUCAAUGGCUCUGGAUAUUUGAAUAGUGUUGGUGGCUAUGUUUAUCCUUGUGAUACGGAUUUGCCCGAUUUGACCAUUGGAAUUGGGCAUGAUAUGAACGCCACCAUACCUGGAUCGGCCUUAGGCUAUGAACAGGUGGGAACUAAUACGACCACGGGUAAAACUAUCUGCUAUGGUGGUGUACAGUCCAGUGCAGGGUCGGACUUUCAGAUCUUUGGUGACAUCUUCCUAAAGGCGUUUUAUGUGGUUUUUGAUCAGCGUGGCCCGUCAUUGGGAAUCGCAUACCCUUCUUCAUGA